AUGUUUUCCUUCCACACCCGCGCGCGAUCGCUCAUCCCGGUCUCGGCCAUUACCGAUUACCACCUCAAGAGCGAGGCCUACAUUGAAGAGGUGGAGGAUGUCGAGGAGGAUGUGGAGGAGCAAGGUCGGCAACACACGUGCCAAUAUAUCCUCAUCGGCCUGCUCUUCCUUGCCGACGCCAUGAUGCAAUCCUCUCUCUCCUCCUCGGUCGAUGCCCUCCUCCCCACAAACUCCAGCUGCGUGACGAUGGAAUCCUCCUUUCUGCGCAGCAUCAUGCAGUGCGCCUAUUACUUGGGAGCCUCGACCGGAUUGGUAUGGGGAAUGGCGGCAGAUAGCAUGGGACGGAGACGAGUGGCGUUGAUUUCAUUGUGGGGAUCGUUGAUUUGUUGCUUUUCCAUGGCCUUUGCCACCACUUUUGCGGCCUUUGCGGGCUUGAGAUAUGUGGCCGGAGUGUUUGGCUCGGCGGGUCCCAUAGCUGCUCUGGCGCUGUUGGCCGAUUUGACGCAUGCGAGCAAGCAAAGGACCUGGCUGGUUGCUCGUCUGCCUCUUGUCGUGGUCGUUGGUGGACAGGUGGGUCCCCUUCUGUCCGCAGCCAUCACCCAUUUUGCGCAGCGUCAUUUCCACGCCGUCUUGACCGACUAUCCGGCAUUGGGAGGCCAAACGGCGUGUGGACUGGUCGUGCUCCUCAUCACCAUUGCCGAAGGUCUGCUCCUCCGAGAAACCCUCCCCACCUUGAAAUCCACCCGUGAAGAAGAGGACUCGAUCGAUUGUGAGAAGGCGGCUUUUCUCGGCCAAUCGCACUCCAACAACAGCCAGGACUCCCUCGCCAUCAGCAUCGUCGACGCCCUCCAUGAUGACGCGCCUUCGACCUCGCCCCUGCCAUCCCACAUCACCAUCUCCCAACUCCUCACCGCUCCUUCCGUCCUCAUCCUCCUGGCUUCCUUCUCCGCCCUGUCCCUCCACUCCUCCACCUUUGACCUCCUCCUUCCCCACCUGGGCCAGCAUGCCACCCAAGACAUUGGUCUGGGUCUUCCCUGCGCACUCCUCCAACCCGUUAUGCUCGUCGUCAAGGUCGUCGCUGCUGCAAGCAUGCUCUGCAUCCCCGCCCUCGUCGACAAAAUCGGUCUGAUGAGGUUAUAUCGCACCAUUUCCCUCACCUUCCCCGCCCUCUACAUCCUCCUCCCCAUCAUCGCUCUGGCAACGGCCGGCUGUGGGGAGUCGGAUGUCUUGGCGGGAGCAUUCAGCACCUUGGCCACCUUACUGAAGACGACCCUCACCAGCGCUGCCCAAGUGCUGGUCCUCCUCCUCGCCCUCUCCAUGGCCCCCGACGCUUCAUCCACGGGCACUCUGAUUGGAGUCAUUUCCAUUGCCGAAAUGUUCAAGGCGUUGGCCGUGGGAAUUGCCGGCGUGAGCUACUUCCUCUCCGAUGAUUAUUCCAUGUGGAUGGUGAAUGGUGCGUUGUGGACUGCUCUGGCUGUAAUUGCUUCUCUCGGAGCCUUGAUCACCCGGAGAUUGCGAGAGACGACGCGUGUGGGAACGGAUCUCCCGGAAGAGUGUUUGGUGUGGCAAGGCAUGUUUGAUGUGGAUAGUGAAGAUGAAGCGGGAUUUUAA